AUGGAAUUGCCUGAUUUUUCUAUGGCACAUAAGCUUGAAAACGUAGAUCUCUGUGAUUGUUCAAGUUUGAGGAGUGUUCAUCCAUCCAUUUUAUCUCUCCACACUCUUGUUAAAUUGGAUGUAGAUCAUUGCCAUGAAUUAGAGAGUCUUGAAAGUGAGACUCAUUUAGAAUCCCUCUCCGAUCUCCAAGCUAGCGGAUGUGGCCUCAAGAAAUUUUGUUUGUCAUCAAAUAAAUUGGAAACCAUAUAUCUUCGAGAAACUAGACUUGAAAUAUUGGAUUUGCCAAUCGGACGUUUCACAAAGCUUAGAAGUCUUUUAAUUCUUCACGGUGAAAGAUUGAGGAGUCUUCCAAUAAAGGAGCUGUGUUGCUUGACAAAUCUUACGGAGUUUCAGGUUCUUGAUUUCAAGCAGGAAAUUCACACAGAGGAGCUGCGCUCCCUUUUUUAUGCUUGGCGUAAUUUAGAAAUACUAUGUUUGGACGGAUGGAGUUACUUGUCGGAAAUCCCUGGCAAUAUCAAGUGCUUAACAAGGUUACAAAAUUUAUCAUUGCAACGUAGUGGUGUAGAGACAUUGCCACCUUGCGUCAGCCAUCUUUCAAGCUUGACAGGCAUUUACCUAUUUGGCUGCAAAAGGCUUAAGUCGAUACUUGGACUUCCUCCCAUGCUUAAAGCAUUAGAUGCCAAUGAUUGCACUUUAUUGGAGACUGUAUCCUCUGACUCUCUAGUUUUCAGUCCGUGUUGGUUUCAAUUCAAAAACUGUGUAAAGUUGGAUGAGUGUUCGCUUGGCUUUAUUGAGGAAUCAACUCAUUUCUCACUGACUUCAGCUUGUGGGACUGCAUUUAAUUACCUUGAUUUAGCUCGUUACCCAGGAAACAGAGUUCCAAAGUGGAUGAAAUAUAAACAAAUGACAGAGGCUUCCAAUACUAUCCAAUUCAUGACAGAGGCUUCCAAUACUAUCCAAUUCACUUGCAAUCUUGAACGAGCAAUUGGCAUAUUGUUUUGUUGUGUUGCUCCUCAUCGUCAUCUCAGAUCACUGGGACAGCGCCCUCUCGUCACCUACCAUGUAUUUAUAUGGCCCAGGAAGGGGUUCCCAUUUGGUACUAGAACAGGUGAUGAUGUUAAGAUUUCAUGUGAAUUCUUUCUGGAAUGGCGGGAUCAUGGAAAGAUGUAUUGCAACCACAAAGUCCCUCUUGAAGCAUGUGGAGUACACGUAAUAUAUGACUCGGAGUCAGAGCCUGGGUCGGGUCAAAAAAGAAAGAGGGUUGCUGAUAUAGGUGUUGAAGAUGGAGUCCCUCCCACAAAGCGGCUCAACAAUUCUUGGAUCUCUCAACCUGCUCCCCUGGGACUGGCAUUGCAGUUGGGGUUGGCUACUACUAAAUCCAACAAAUCUCAUGAUAACUUCAUCUGUCACCCACUGCAACUCAAAUUUAUGCGCAAGAAGAAACAAGAGGACCCUUUGCAGCUCAAGUUAAAUAUAAAUUCUGACAG